AUGAAGGCUCCUAAUUCUUGGCUGCCAUCCUUUGUCAACCUCACAGGUGUUACACAUCUGUAUGCACGUGGUGCAGCCUUCGCCAGCUGCUUUUGGGGUGUGCGUCUAUCCACAAUUGCAAGACCCUUUAUAGGCUGGGAAGGAAAGUUCCCUCCUCUCACUCCACCCACUGUAGAGUUCCCUCCUCUCACUCCACCCACUGUAGAGUUCCCUCCUCUCACUCCACCCACUGUAGAGUUCCCUCCUCUCACACCACCCACUGUAGAGUUCCCUCCUCUCACUCCACCCACUGUAGAGAUCCCUCCUCUCACUCCACCCACUGUAGAGUUCCCUCCUCUCACUCCACCCACUGUAGAGUUCCCUCCUCUCACCCCACCCACUGUAGAGUUCCCUCCUCUCACUCCACCCACUGUAGAGUUCCCUCCUCUCACUCCACCCACUGUACAGUUCCCACCUCUCACUCCACCCACUGUAGAGUUCCCUCCUCUCACUCCACCCACUGUAGAGUUCCCUCCUCUCACUCCACCCACUGUAGAGUUCCCUCCUCUCACUCCACCCACUGUAGAGUUCCCUCCUCUCACUCCACCCACUGUAGAGUUCCCUCCUCUCACUCCACCCACUGUAGAGUUCCCUCCUCUCACUCCACCCACUGUAGAGUUCCCUCCUCUCACUCCACCCACUGUAGAGUUCCCUCCUCUCACUCCACCCACUGUAGAGUUCCCUCCUCUCACUCCACCCACUGUAGAGUUCCCUCCUCUCACUCCACCCACUGUAGAGUUCCCUCCUCUCACUCCACCCACUGUAGAGUUCCCUCCUCUCACUCCACCCACUGUAGAGUUCCCUCCUCUCACUCCACCCACUGUAGAGUUCCCUCCUCUCACUCACAGUUCCCUCCUCUCCACUGUAGAGUUCCCUCCUCUCACUCCACCCACUGUAGAGUUCCCUCCUCUCACUCCACCCACUGUAGAGUUCCCUCCUCUCACUCCACCCACUGUAGAGUUCCCUCCUCUCACUCCACCCACUGUAGAGUUCCCUCCUCUCACUCCACCCACUGUAGAGUUCCCUCCUCUCACUCCACCCACUGUAGAGUUCCCUCCUCUCACUCCACCCACUGUAGAGUUCCCUCCUCUCACUCCACCCACUGUAGAGUUCCCUCCUCUCACUCCACCCACUGUAGAGUUCCCUCCUCUCACUCCACCCACUGUAGAGUUCCCUCCUCUCACUCCACCCACUGUAGAGUUCCCUCCUCUCACUCCACCCACUGUAGAGUUCCCUCCUCUCACUCCACCCACUGUAGAGUUCCCUCCUCUCACUCCACCCACUGUAGAGUUCCCUCCUCUCACUCCACCCACUGUAGAGUUCCCUCUUCUCAAAGAGGAGGACCCCGCCCCCCCCCCGCUCUCAAAAGCUCUAAGACAUUCUAAUUGUCUCAUGCUGGACACAAAUGCGUUAGCAGUGUUCACCAACGCCAGUGAUUACGACGUCCCAGUAUUUUAUCCACUCGUACUGGGCAACACUGAAGCCUCUAGCAGCUUGCAAGCAGCACUUCACAAUAGACACAUUACUGUUGACCGCAACCCUUACUUAGCCAACCCCAGGUACGUCGAUCUGCACCAACACUGCGUAUAUCAGCAGUUAACACACACUGCUCAGAUCGAUGGCGGCUACCUAGUCUUCUUGCAAGACCAAGCUAAGGGUUCGUGGACUGCCCAAGGCAACGGUGAAGAGCAGGUAACGGUGCUGAGCAAGCAACGAUGCUUAGCAGGCAAUGGUGCAGAGAGCAUGGGCAACGGUAACGGUGCUGAGCAGGCAACGGUGAAGAGCAGACCUCCAAGGUCCCUACAACAGUCCUCCAAGGUCACUACAACAGUCCUCCAAGGUCCCUACAACAGUCCUCCAAGGUCACUACAACAGUCCUCCAAGGUCCCUCCAACAGUCCUCCAAGGUCCCUCCAACAGUCCUCCAAGGUCCCUACAACAGUCCUCCAAGGUCCCUACAACAGUCCUCCAAGGUCCCUACAACAGUCCUCCAAGGUCCCUCCAACAGUCCUCCAAGGUCCCUACAACAGUCCUCCAAGGUCCCUCCAACAGUUCUCCAAGGUCCCUGCAACAGUCCUCCAAGGUCCCUCCAACAGUCCUCCAAGGUCCCUACAACAGUCCUCCAAGGUCCCUACAACAGUCCUCCAAGGUCCCUACAACAGUCCUCCAAGGUCCCUACAACAGUCCUCCAAGGUCCCUACAACAGUCCUCCAAGGUCCCUACAACAGUCCUCCAAGGUUACUACAACAGUCCUCCAAGGUCCCUGCAACAGUCCUCCAAGGUCCCUGCAACAGUCCUCCAAGGUCCCUGCAACUCUCCUUCAAGGUCCCUGCAACUCUCCUUCAAGGUCCCUGCAACUCUCCUUCAAGGUCUCUACGACAGUCCUUCAAGGUCCCUACAACAGUCCUCCAAGGUCCCUCCAACAGUCCUCCAAGGUCCCUGCAACAGUCCUCCAAGGUCCCUACAACAGUCCUCCAAGGUCCCUACAACAGUCCUCCAAGGUCCCUACAACAGUCCUCCAAGGUCCCUACAACAGUCCUCCAAGGUCCCUACAACAGUCCUCCAAGGUCCCUACAACAGUCCUCCAAGGUCACUACAACAGUCCUCCAAGGUCCCUACAACAGUCCUCCAAGGUCCCUGCAACAGUCCUCCAAGGUCCCUGCAACAGUCCUCCAAGGUCCCUACAACAGUCCUCCAAGGUCCCUACAACAGUCCUCCAAGGUCCCUACAACAGUCCUCCAAGGUCCCUGCAACAGUCCUCCAAGGUCCCUGCAACAGUCCUCCAAGGUCCCUACAACAGUCCUCCAAGGUCCCUACAACAGUCCUCCAAGGUCCCUGCAACAGUCCUCCAAGGUCCCUACAACAGUCCUCCAAGGUCCCUGCAACAGUCCUCCAAGCAAAGAUCAAUAGUACCUCGCUCCUUCUGGAAACCACACUAGCUGUCCAGCGAGAGGAGGUGAUCUCUGGACCAUAUGGACGUGGAGGACGCUCCCACAGCUGGACUACCCCGGCUGACACGGAGUGGGUAGCUACCCGUGGUGCAGCAGUUGCCACCGUCCGCACACCUCGGGUGUGCGGAGUGCACAACCUGGCAAGAAUGAGCACAGUGAUGUGUGAUGCAAGUUAUAACAAUUGUCCCCGAGAGCCUUCAGCUCUCGUGGUCAUGAAGGAGAUGAGUAGAUUAUAA